UAGAAGUAGAAGUAGAAGUAGGAGAGGCGUCGAUUAACCUAGCUAGCUAGCCCCUUACCCCUUGUUCAUCUUCUCUCCCAAGUCAACAGUUAGUUGUUUGAUCGAGAGCAAUAGCCGCAGAAUUCAUUCAUAUGAAGGGGGACGCAAAGAGAGGGGAUGAUUUAGCGGUUUUUGAGAUGACAUGCAAACGGUUUCAGAAUUGGUUUGCCAAACAACGUUUACCCCCCUUCAAGGAAGCUGUCAUGGAUGCCUGGAUGUGCUGUUGCACCUCCAUGAUUAUGGCUGACUUUGGUGUGAAUCUUAUCCGCUUUACCUGCUUGUGUAAAAAAACGAUUCUUGCACCGUCGCCACGAUCACAAUUUCUUUCCCCUUGUGGACAGUACAAGCCAUUGGUAGAAAUUUAUUUAGCAAAAGAUUUGUGUGACAUAGCUCAUAAUAUUAUUCUCAUGAGGGUUUGUAAUGCAAGUAUAUCUUAUGUCAUGAAAAACAUAAGAGGCAAGGAAGAUUUGGAAACAAGUAUUGUGGCAGGUUUUGGUUAUGGAGUUGCCGUAUCUUUGGCUAAUGGCAUGAGGGGUCCUAGUGUACUCUCUGUUGGGGUUGUCUGGGCACUCUUUAAUGGUGGAAUGUUUAAGGCUGGCAUCAAGAUGCCUGCAUACGAUCAUAAGUUGGAUAGAUUCACCUGGCGAAGGUAGAUCUUGGUUAAGUUUUUGUUGCACUGUUCUAUAAGCUAUAAUUAUUUUGGGAAGAUACCUUGUGGCCUUUGAUGCUUUAGAGACGUUUGAAUCAGAGGAACUUGAAUUGCAAAUGCAUGUGUUAGUUUUGAUUUAUAUUUAUGUCAUGGUUUAAACUUUUUCACAUUUCCUAAGUUUCAACCUACCAAAAUAUUUCUUCAAACUCCAGGGUCUAAAACCGUUUAAUUUCGAACCUUAGUUUUUUUCGAACGCCCAACAAAGCCCAGCCACCCGGGUACACCCACAUGCAAAAGGUCCCCCACGACCGCGAUCAUAGACAGCGUUGGUGACUCUGCCCGUCACCAAUUUCAGAGGGAACCCAUCGACCGGAGGUCCAGUGUAGUAAAACCUCUAAGUCAUCCGGA